AUGGCAUCUGAGAAAGCCAUAGUCCUGAUUACAGGCGCCAACCAAGGCAUUGGGUAUGAGACUGCCAAAGCUCUCGUGCUGACCAAGUCGCCCGCCGGGAAGCCAUACCAUGUCCUCAUCGGCUCCCGCACCUUAGCCAAUGGCGAACAAGCUGCUAGCGAGCUAAACGCGCUCCUGGAGCGUCAGGGUUCAGCCGCCGCUCUUCAAAUAGACGUCACGGAUGAGACGUCAGUCGCGGCGGCGGCGGCGCAGGUUGAGAAGGAGUACGGUCGCCUGGAUGCUGUCGUGAACAACGCCGGGGUGAUGCCGCACCCGCCUGUCCACGGCGGCGUCCUUGCGGCGCUGCGCUUUGGUCUGGAUGUCAAUGUUAUCGGUCCGGUUAUGGUGACAGAGGCGUUCUUGCCGCUCCUUCUCAAGGACGAGGUGGACGAUCCUCGGCUUGUAUUCGUCGGCACCAGCAUGGCAAGCCUGAUUGGCGCAUCAGACCCGGAGAACCGAUACUAUAAGACUGUGCUAGGCGGGUCGCCGUCCGAGUACCGCGCGUCCAAGGCGGCGGUUAAUAUGCUGAUGAUCGAGUACCACAAGAGAUAUGGCACAAGAGACACGGCAGAUAGCAGUACGCCGGGGGCGGGCAAGAGAGUGCGGGUGUGGACAGCGGAUCCGGGUGCGACUGCGACGAAUUUCAUGGGUCCGCAAGUGAAGGCCAUGGCGAUAGCCAAUGGCUUACAGGGUCCGGAGAUGGGUUGUAAGGUGCUUGUCAGCUGCAUCGUCGGCGAGAGGGACGGACAGGAGGCAAUAAUCUCCCCCAAGAGCAACACAUGCUUCACUGCCAUCAUGUCCAAUGGUGUAACCGUAGCUCUAGUAGGCACUCCGCCUGCAGCAAGCGGUCUGAGCUAA